CCGUGGAGUGCGCGCGCAGCGAUAGUGCGCGCUGUUCGAUAAAGUGCGGCCAUAUUUGAUCAGCUGUCAACAAGGAUAUUGCUUAUGGUUUUUGUAAUCCACACAAAAUGGCGAUCCUCAAACUUAUUAUUUGUUUAAGUUUCAUUCAUAUGGCCGUCGGUAAAGGUAGCGAGGCACAAAUUCAAUGUGGCCCCGAUUACAUGAAGGUGAUUGUGCCUAUAGAUGGCGACAGGAAGAUAUCAUACCUCGACCAGUUAAAAGAAUAUUCGCCCUGUCAGCCAGUGAUGGAGGGCGAUGCAGCUACAUACAUGUUAGACCUCCAGGAUUACCACAAGUGUGCCGUCACCCGAGUACUAAAUAAGAUCACUGGAAAACGAACAUACUACCACAAAAUAGUGAUAGAGACGUUAUCGGGAGGGCGGGAAACUGUGACGGUGCGUUGUGUCGUCACGAACAAGCGAGCCUUAUCUAGAAGAGCCGUGGAACCUUUCCCAUUGGAUUUUAGUGAACCUGAGGUUCUUGACAUAACACGAUACGAAGAAGGCCGUGCCCCCGAACCAAUCUUGGGGGCGGUCGUCAAACAGAAUGGAAAACAAGUAUCAGGUGAGAUCUCCGUCAGCCCCGGGACUCCUUUAUCCAUGGAAAUAUUCCUGGAUAACUCGUCGGCACCCGUAUAUGGAUUAUUGGUGAGCUACAUGCAUGUGACAGACACGGGUAAACAGCAGGAGACCAUAAUAUUUAAUGGAUGUUCGAUCGACCCCUACCUUUUUGACAACUUCCAAACCAACGAUGGUGAUAACUUGACAGCCAAGUUUAGGGCAUUCAAGUUUCCCGAUACGACCUAUGUCCAAUUUAAGGGUACUGUUACAGUAUGCCUUGACAAGUGUCAAGGGGUGCAAUGCAGUAACGGUGUUACAGCGUAUGGUAGAAAACGGCGCUCAAUAGCUACCAACGCUGACAGUAACAAAGUGUAUGAAGUGUCGCUUACUACGUUUAUUAAAGUAGACUAUUUGGACGGAGAUAAAGAAGCAGAAGACGUAUUUGGUUUGAUAAAAAAUUUGAAAGUAGCAAACCAGCUUUUGGGUGACAGAAAUGGAACUCCAGCUACCGUUGCCGAGCACACCCAGGACAACCAACUAGUGUUACAGCAAUCUGGUGGUAGUGUAGCUACGUUUAGUCUUUUAUUAUUGAUCCUUAGUACAGCUUUAUUAUUUAAGUAAACUACCAAAACUAUGGAAAAUUAGUUCGAGGUUUUUAAACUAGGUGGCGCUUCUUAAUCUACAGGUAAAACCUGUGUUAUAAAAAAAUUAAAUCAAACUAACCGUGAAAUUAAUUUCAACACAACAGAUUGAUUUAAUUUGAAUUGUAAAUGUUAUAUUUUUCAACAUCUAUGCUAUUACAGUAUCUAGGUUAUUUCGGCAUCUCUUUUAUAACAGCGCCAUCUUGUUAACCUUUGCUAACAGGAAACGGCUCACAUUUUAAUAAUAAUCUGUGUCCCAGUGUUUCAUCUAAACUAUUUGUAAUUUUGACCAUUCUGUAUAGAUGAGAUUAAGCAACUUGUUUAUCUAAAACCCACUAUUUGUUUAGAUUUCAUUAUAAUGUUCAUCUAGUAAUUGUGCAAUUUUUUAAAAAUAUGAUAUAUAUUUAAGUACGAAAAUGUCUUCUUGACAGUUUUAAUGAGUGCAAAAACCACAUUUAAUCAUUAAUAUUAAUUUACUUACGUCCAUUAAUUUUAAUUCCGUCCAUUUUAAAUAAUAGAUUUAUUUUUAAGCCUUACUAAGUUAAUGCAGUCGCAUUUAAGUUCACUAGUCUUAAAAGUAAAAUGUAAAUUUAAGAAAUAGUAGUUUAGUAAUUCUACCAUAGUAAUAAGCGUAUACUUAACAGUACUGCUUUUAAUCGAUGAUUAACAAUAUUUACGAGGGCAUAGAAGUCAAAAUUCGUCAAUAUAAGGCAAUGAGGGCUGAAAACUUUCUUGCCAGAAAUGAUGAAUAAAUCUAAGAAUUAAUCAUUACGUGAGAAAAGAAUUUGUGUAUGUGUCUGCCCCAUUCUCCAACACCGGAAUGGUCCACUAGAAUAUUUAUACACAUACUUGUUUAUAGUUAAGCAGAAUAUCCCAAAACUAUAUAUUAUAUAAUUACUAUAUCUACAGCAUACUACUGAUUUGAUACUUUAUACAACAACAAUGAUUAAAAGUACGCAAGCAAGCAAGGACCAAUGUAUUGGUAGGUAACUUAAAGGCAAUUAAAAUAAACAAGUUCUACCCGUACCCAUAUUGUCAUUAUAAAAUAUGAUUGUUAAAUACGAUAAAAUACACAUAUAAUUUUUUACCAUGUUCUGAAAGCUCUUAAGCCCCUUUUUUAAUAAAUUGUUUACAAUUAA